CAAUUCACCCCUCCUUCGCCGAUGUCGCUGCAGCUCCCACUCACUCGCUCGCUGUCUCCCUCUCCCUUUCCUCGUCGCCGCCCUCUCCCUCUCUUCUCUGUCGCCGCAGCUACGCCGGCCGCAGCUCCUUCGCCCCACCCCGUACGCCCUCCUGCACGACCUCGCCGCGCUCGAGCUCGCGGCCCUAUCCGCCCGCGCCGCUGCCUCCCCGGGGGGUGCAGCCGGCCUGCCGCAAGUACACCUACGCCGCCGCCUCCCCGGGGGCCGCAAGGUGAAGUGGACGGCCGAUGAGAAGGCUCGCGGCGAGGGCCGGGCGCUCAAGUGCGAGGCAGAGCUCGCCUCCCCCAACGACGGCGGCUUCGACCUGGGAGGCCUAGUCCGAGCCCGGCGCCGCCGGCAAGGCCAAGACCAAGUGAGGCGCCGAGGAAGCCAGCGAGGAUGACAAGAAGAAGCCGGCGAGGAAGUGCAUCCAGAUCGAGGAGAUCCCGCCGGCUGUGACGUCCAGAUCAAGAUUCUCUGCGCUGUCCGGGAUGAGAAGAGGAGCAGCAAGAAUCAAGCCCAAUACAGAGAGGAGAGGAGCAGCAGAAGUGGACAGCGCAGGGCUGACCUCGAGCUCUUGAUUGGAGUGGGGGGAGGCGGCCGGCGAGGGAUUUGUGGCCAGCAGGGAAGGAUCCGAAGCUGCGGCGGAGCAGGCAGCCGGCGAGGGAGCUGCGGACCGCGGCGGGGAAGGGCGGCCGGCAAGGGAGCUACGGACCGCCGCGGGGAAGGGCGGCCGGCGAGGGAGCUUCGGGCCUCGGCGGGGAAGGGCGGCCGGCGUGGAGCUUCGGUCCGCGGCGGGGAAGGACACCGGAGACGCGGACGGCGGAGGAGCCCGGCGGAAGGGGGUACUUUCGUAAUUUCACACCAUUUCACCUGGUCGGAACAGAACCUCCAGCGACAAAUAAUACGGAACAGAGGGAGUACUACCCGACUCCCAGCAGCACGCACCUCCCUAACAUCCCGCGCGCCGCACGUGACGCCACGCAUGCCAUUACCAAGCGCGAUCUACUGGUCAGAUCUGGACACCGUCGACGGCUAGCCAAUACCCGGCCGCCCGGAGCCCGCGCGGACGAGGAGCUAGCGGCAGGCAAUUCAGAGAGAGCGAGCCAUGGAUGUGGCAACGGGCGCUAUAGGAUCCCUGCUCCCCAAGCUAGACGAGCUCCUCAACGAGAAGUACAAACUGCAGGUGAGCAUCAGGGAAGACAUAGUUUCUCUCUCCCGGGAGAUGAAGAGCAUGUACGCUGCCCUUGGCAAGGUGGCCGAGGUUCCGCGGGACCAGCUCGACGAGCAGGUCAAGCUGGUCAAGCUCUGGGCAGGGGAGGUCAGGCAGCUGUCGUACAUCACAGAGGUUAUCCUCGACAAGCUUCUUAUGGGAGUCCCCGACUCACAAGGCUCUACGGGGCCCAUGGAAAAGAAGUGCAGUUGGUUCAAGAAACGCAAGCUUCGCGAUGAGAUAGCGGACACAAUCAAGGACAUCAGGGUUCGAAUCCAAAAGGCCGCCGAUCGAUGUGACCGGUACAGGGUUCAUGAUAUUGUUAAUAAUUACAGAGCCCCAGUCGCUAUAGAUCCUCGUUUGUUAGAUCUGUACAAAGAUGAGAAAGAACUUGUCGGCAUUGAUGGGAAAAACUUUCAAGAGCUCAUGAAGUUAGUGUCAGAUGGGGACAAUGUGCCCAGCAAAAAGCUAAAGAUAGUCUCAGUUGUUGGAUUUGGAGGACUGGGCAAAACUACUCUGGUCAAAAGGGUGUAUGACAAGAUCAAGAGUGGUUUCGACUGCAUAGCUUUCGUUCCAACCGGUGAGAAUGCUAACGUGAAGGAGGUUUUCAUGCAUAUCAUCCUUGGUCUCAGCAUGUAUGGAAAUCAACUCUCCAUGCUGGACGAACAACAGCUCAUCCAAAAACUUGGUCAACUCCUUGAGAACAAAAGGUACCUCAUCGUUAUAGAUAAUAUAUGGGAUAAAAAUGUGUGGGAAACUAUCAAGCUUGCUUUCUCUGGAUUUAACUGUCUUGGCAGCCGAAUAAUCACUACAACCCGCAUACUCAGUGUAUCUGAAGCAUGUUGCUCGUCUUCUAACGACUCAAUUUAUCAAAUGGAACCUCUGUCUGAUGAUGACUCCAAAAAACUCUUUUAUAGUAUAAUAUUCUCUUCUGUGAGUGGAUGUCCUCACGAAUAUGAACAAGUAUCUAUUGAUAUCUUGAAGAAAUGUGGCGGGGUACCUUUAGCCAUCAUUACUACGGCUGGUAUGUUGGCUAGUGAUCAGCGGGUCAAAUCAGUGGAUGAAUGGCAUGUCUUGCUCAGUUCUAUUGGUCAUGGCUUGGCAGAAGAUCGCUGUUGGAAGAAGAUGCUAAGGAUAUUAUCCUUUAGCUACUAUGAACUUUCCCCACUUCUGAAGACUUGCUUACUGUGCUUGAGUAUAUUCCCCGGGGCUCUCCCGAUUAUAAGAGACCGGCUGGUGAAAAAAUUGGUAGCGGAAGGGAUUGUUACUCAGGAGACUAAGUUGAUUGGAUCACCAAACAAAUAUGAGGCCAGGGAGAUUAGUCGAGAGGAGGCAGCAAGCCACUGCUUGGACCAACUCGUCAAUAGGAAUGUUAUUCAUCCCCUGGAAUGCAACAACAAUGGUGAGGCAAUAAGCUACCAUAUCCACCCUAUGAUGCACGGCCUCCUUAAAGCCAUAGCCAUAGAUGAGAACUUUGCUGCUUCGCUUGAUCUCAAAAAUAAUUAUUCAGUGAAAUAUUUUAACCGGCUGGAAGGUUUCCGAUCUGCUCUGCCUCACCUCUCUAUUAAGUGCCCGGAUUCAGAAAUUUUAAAUGAUUUACCAAGGAUGGCGUCUCAUGGUGGUGUUCGCUCCUUGACUGUUUUUGGUCAUGCAAACCGGAGUCUGCUUAGGCACUUUGAAGGUAUACGACUUUUGGAUUUAGAAGGCUGCAAGAGCAUUGAGAGAGCUGAUGUGGAGUACAUAUGCAGUAUGGUCCUGUUGAAGCAGUUGUGCCUUGCAAAGACGGAAAUCAACGAGCUCCCACCAGAAAUUGGCAAUCUACAACAUUUGCAGGGACUAGAUGUAGGAGGGACUCAAAUAACCGAGCUUCCACCAGAAAUAGGUAACCUACAAUAUUUGGAGAGACUAAAUAUAGGAGGGACUGAAAUCACUGAGCUGCCAACACAAAUUGGCAAGUUAAAGCAUCUGAAGACUCUAGAUGCAAGGAAAUCACAAGUCAAAGAUUUACCUGAUGAAGUUGUCCAGCUCACAAGGCUGGCCAAUCUGCUUAUUGGUGACGACGAAUCCUGUGAAGGAGUGAAGUUACCUGAUGGAUUUGGGAAGAUGACAUCACUGCAGCAACUGGGCACCAUUGAUUUGAGGAAAUGCUCGUCAUCCUCUCUGAAGGAACUUGGUGAGCUCCCUUAUCUGAAAGAGAUUGCAGUAGUGUCAAGUGAUGGACAGGAAGACACAAGAAUGUACAAUGCUCUGCUUUAUUCCCUCAACAAAUCCAUCAAGAAGAGUUCCCUGGCAGUUUAUAGUGAUUUCAGAUUGAGCACAGUACAGUCAUCAUCAGGAUACAAAUAUCUCGACUACUGGAAGAAACAUUCUGUGCUAAGAUUCUUGAAGGUUCCAACUGGUCAUGCAGGGCUACAUCUUGGUAUGCUUGAUAUCAGGGUCUGCAAGCUAGAAGAGGAUGAUCUGAAGAUACUCGGAAAGCUGCCUAGGUUGCAGAGCCUCAUCGUGCGGCUUGAAGUCCUCCCAACAAAAAUGAUACACAUCAGGUAUGUGGGGUUUGCAAAACUUGAGAGGUUCUACGUUGAUUUCCGAAUACCUAGGGUGGUCUUUGAGGAAGGAGCUAUGCCAAAGCUGGAACAUGUUGAGCUCAAGCUGUACGCUGGAUCAGCCAGUGAAGAACAUAUGGGCAUCAGCCACCUCCUAAACCUUCAAAAGGUCACUCUCCGGUACUCCAAAUGGUAUGCAACCAACAAGGGCGUCAAGGAGACAACUGAAGCUGUGAAAAGUGAGUGUAAGGAGCACCAGAACGAGCUCACUCUGUGCAUUGCUGAAGAGGAGAAAAAUGGUAUCUGCAACAUGAAGACUGAGGUUUUUCAAGAGAACAGAGUUGCUAGUUCCAGUAAGAUGACUGAGAUUGUAAAAGAAGAAGAAGAAGACACACAAGAGGGAGGCCUUCAUCAGAGGGAGGCCACUGCUAGCUGCAACGGGACAAGUGAGAUCGAAGAAGUUGUGGAGUAGCUCAAUGAAGCUUUAAUAUUUAUCAUUCUCUCAUUGCCGUAGCCGUGCAGUGUCAUACUGUCAUCUAAAUUGUAUAAUUGCUUCAACCAAUCGCAUGUCGUGUUUAUUUCCGUGUUUCCAAACUUCAAUUUCCCAAACAUUUGGGAGACGAGAGACCUGGCACUUAUCCUUUUCCAUUUGGACUCGAUAGUUGUUUCAUUUAUCAAAACCUGAUUGUAUUUGUCAAUACAUUUGUCUCUUGUACCUAUAUCCUGUAAUGCGUAUGCAGUCUAUGUACCUUAUGAGUUA